AGUCCAUUUGUGUAGCUUGGGAAAUAAAUCUGCCCACUUCCCAUAAAGGGAUGGGGAUAGGUGUGGUGUAGUAAAAAAAGGAACAGCCCUUUCCCUAAGCCGAAGGGGCAAACUGGUAUAAGGGGCCUGACUUGGAAUCAGCGGAUCUGGUGAGAGAGGACGGGAUCAAGGGAGCAGACAGGGGUUCGUGCUUGAGCUCUGAAUCAUCGGAAUGUAUAAAGCAAGUGCGGGAAAACUCUGGGAGCCUUGACACGGAGCAAGCUGCCUGAGAAGCACCUUGGCAGCUUUUAAAAGACCAGAAGACACACACACACACCUUUGAGUAAACAAGUGAGAACUGAGCUCCCUGAUACCUUCCAAGCAAAGAGCCUCUCUUCUUCUUGAGGGAGCGGUUACCAUGCUCUGCUUCCUUGCCUGCCUGUUAGUCCUUGUACGGGAAGUGCCAAGUAGGCCAACGAAGGAAACGGGAUCUACAGCUGCUGGAGAUGCGAAAAUCCUUUUCCAGUUGAAGCCGAACGCUUGGAAGGAAAAUGUCAACCUCAGUAGCCUGUCCUGUGGGGAUCUGCGUGCCCAGACAUGGGCCUCCUUCCACCACAGAAAUCAGAGCCUGACUUCUUUCCCUGCCUGCCUGCCUGAGCUUCUGGAGCAUUUGGACCUGAGUGUCAACCUCUUGCCUGAAUUCAACAGCCAGGAGGUGGCUGACUUGCCAAUGUUGCAAUCCCUCUCCCUGAGGCAGAAUAAGAUUCAGCAAGUGACAUGGGAUGCCAGGAACCUCAGCCGCCUCCAGUUCCUGGACCUGAGCUUCAAUUUGCUAUCAGUUGUGCCCGCAUGCAAUGCAUCUGUUCUGCAGAACCUCAAGUGGUUUUCUCUGGCUGGAAACCCCAUUGUCGAAAUCCAGCCAUUGGCUUUUUCCUGCUAUCCUCAGCUGCAUUUCCUGAACUUGUCUUCUACUUGGCUGGGGAAGGAUGGGAAAGAGGGGAUUAAGGAAUCUGCCUUUGCAACAAUCUUCCUGCCUGGGGACGCCACCGAAAAUGCAGGCAGUGAUAUCCACCUGCUGGACCUGAGCGCAACCUAUCUGGAGAGAUUGCAUCAGAACUGGACCAAAGAUCUGCCCAGGCUCUCAUCCCUUUAUUUAAGAAAUAUGAGCAGGCUGAGCAGCCUUGAUGUCGACACCUUCCUGCAUCUUCCUGAGCUGAGGGUAUUGGACUGCCGAUAUUCCCGUGCCCUCAGUCUGGUGGAAACAGAGUCUUUCAGACACAUGCCUCACUUGGCUUUCCUCAUAUUCCAAAACUGCAAUUUGAGCUCUUUCAGUCCAUGGAGUCUCAGCUCACUGCAAAAUGUAAGGAUCGACCUCUAUGGCAACCCUUUGGUGUGUAGUUGUGAUCUUUCCUGGCUACUCUCCAAGCCAGACAGAAUACUUCUACAGAGGGCAUCAGAAACUUUGUGCUACCCAGAGGCCAAAGCAGCAUCUGGAGGUAUGCUGCUGUCCGAGUUCUACACGGAGUGCCAAAGGCAAAGAAUUUCCAACUCCACUCAAGUCAAGCUUUAUGGUACGUCUCCCAGCUUCACGACAGACACCCUUCCAGACUCCAGUACGUUUCCCCAAGAAUGGCCCAGCAGCCCUUCUUCUCCUCAGUGCCCUCAUUUGACUUGGGGAGAUACAGCAAAGGAGGCUCCAACCGAACCAGACAUUCUUGCCUACAAAGAUAAAACAUUUGGCAGAUCUACAGACGGCCCACCCACCGCAGCAGCUCUUCACACAGCAGCUUCUUCAAGAACUCUGGGGGAACUCUCUUUUGAUCCAACCCCAGUGAGCAUGACUGAAAUGAAUCAAAGGAAACACGGCACCACAGUAGUGGAUGGUUCGAUUGGCCACAUGGACGAAACAUGGUCCCACUUCACUCCGCUCAGUCCUACAGCAGAAGAAGCAGCGGCAGAUUCUUCUCUGUUGAUCCCACACAAUACGGUAAGGCCAGCUCAGUCUACACCACCACUGCAAAGCCCCACCAAAGCAGUCCCUCUUCUGAAUCUUGCAACCACUCGUAACAGUCCAAGAUCUUACGAAGAUUAUUAUGACUACGAUAAGCAGGCGGAGGAAUUCGUGGCUCAGGGCCUUGGGCCUUGUGAUUACGAUCCAUGCAGACACCUCCAAAAGCCUUGCUUUGAUCUCCAGUUGUUGUCUCCUUGCCUGUGCCCGGGGAUCUCUGAUGAAUUCACCAUCCCAGAUCCUCCGAGGCUCCGCGAGAUAUCUGAAAUUAGGGACACUUCAGCAGAGGUCUGCUGGUGUGCCCCAUAUUCAGCAGUAAGGUUCUACCAGCUUGCUUACCGCCCUCAGGACAGCCAGAAUUUCACUGUAUCUGGAGAGAUUUAUGCCACGGCUAGGCGAUACACACUGUACAAUCUCCUGCCUGGCUCAACUUACCAAGUGUGCAUAAUGGCUUCAAACAAGGCAGGAUUGAGCCAGACUGCAGAUUGGAAUGAGCCCAGUUCUCCAUGUGGUUCCUUUAAAACAAAGUCCAGCUACAAAUCUAUCUUUGCCGCUUUGUGUGCAACGAGUGGAUUCUUUCUUAUUGCUACCAUCUUGCUGUCAGUGUGUCUCUGCAAAAAGUGUAAAGGACCCCACACUGAGCAUUAUAAUACACACCUUGUCUCGUAUAAAAACCCUGCUUUUGAUUACUCCUUAAAAUAAAGGUGAACAGGAGUGGCAAAAAAAAUAAUCUAUUUGAUGGCAUUUGCCUUUUUGUACAGCAAAAGGGACGAAAACAGUUUAAAAUACCUUUCCUUCUCUGUGAGCGUCUUUCCAGAAUUUAAAUUGUUGUUUGCAUAAGUACAGUAAAUAAAUAGGAGAAAUAGGCAACAGGAAAGUAUUUCUUUGCUUUUGAAAGUGUCUUUAAAAAACUAAAGUAUUCAUUAAGACUUUUUUGAACAUGGUUAUUGGAAAUUAGUUUUGGAAAAAUGGAAGGGUUGAAUCUAAAUUUUUUUUGGGGGGGGGAAUUCCACCCCCAUUAUUCCUUCUCCCUGCAGCUCCCUAAAGUACCUCCCACUUCCUCCAAUGUUGGCCAUGAGCCUGCUGCCAGAAAAUUGAGCCCCAGUCAGAUGCUGCUACCACCUUCUUUAACGUGACUCAUUAGUGGAAUCCUGUCCAUUGUGUCCCUUGCACAAUGCCAUGUUAUGAAUUUCAAUCCUACAUCAGGUUUCAGAACAAAAUAUGGAGCGUGCAAUUUUUCAUCACUAUAUUGGCUUUACAUGGUCUGAAAAGCCUUUUUGCAAGGUGGUUGUUCCUAGCAGCACCCUCUAUUUAUCUGGAACAGCCUGGUUAUGUGAUUAUGAUGUUGUGAUCUGCAGUAUCAAAUAAGUGGUCAGGCUGGAAGCAGAUGCACACAGUAGUGAAGAGAGAUCAGGCUAAGUUAAUACUAGCAGCAGCUAGAUUAAUCUACCAGUGAGAUAAAGAUACUAGAAUAAAUGUGUAGAAGCCACAUUAGAAAGCCAAUCCAUCUUCACGUUAUUCCUACCAUAGGAGCUGGAUAACAACUAGCAGCACAAUUAGACACCAAUAGUUGAGUCAUAGAAAAUUUUAUUUUAAAAGUGCAGAGGCACUGACUAUGGACAAGCCUUCACAUCAUUUUUCAGUUCUCUUUAAAACAUUUGAGACAUGUGGUAUCUAUUCUUGUCCAGUUGUAAGAAUGUACCUGAGUGCUUCUACAGUACAUCAUGCUCUAUUUUGUCUUGAUAAACUUAAAAAGCUUCUUUAUCUUCUUACACUGCAACACAACUGGACUGCAGCAUUCUGAGGUUACAUAAACUAUCAAGUAUCUUUUCAAUAUAAUUUCUUUAUACAAGUUAGAAUAUAUCAAACAUAUUAAAAUUGUUUUUAUACUCCAUCAAGCCUUUGAUUCCACAAUAAAUUCACUUCUGGUGAGAUAGCAGCAUAAUCCAACAUGCAAAAGUUCAUUUUCAGUUUAUAAAACCUUUUACAGGUCAUCUUGCUCACCAUAUGCAAAAGACCACAUGCCUAUAGAGGGACUGUGCUCUGACAGGCCAUCAUUUAUCUUCCAUGUCUGAUGUUUUAAACGGGAAAUUUAAUAGAAUAGUAGGAGGCAGUUUUUAAAAGAACUAGCAUAUUCAUUUUACUGACCGCUAAUGCAGAAUACUUGCUUGAGCUACAGAAGUCCUAGAGAUCACCUGUGACAUUGCCCAGAGUUUUAUCAACUUCCAUUAAAAGUCUAGGUUUUUAACAAAACCCUGAACUUGAGAGUUGUAUGUCCUAAUCCCUUCAUGUUUUUUCCAUCAGUGGACUUUUCAACAUCCUAUAAGCUAACCACGCUGUAAGUCCUUUCUUAGUUUUAACUUCACUACCUUUAUUUUAUUGUGUUAUGUUGAACAUUGUGUGUUGUGCUAUUUGUUGAAUAUGGGCAACCAAACUCUUGUACCAUAUAGGUAACAAGAGGAGCAUCUGUCCUGGCAAUAUUAGCAGCUCCAUCUACUACUUCAUCCAUCAAUUUUAUCUACUAUGCUACACCAACUUUUUCACUAUUUCAACACAUUUAAUCAUCAUAUCUAAUUUGUGGAGACCAUUUAUAUCUUGCCCAAAGGUUCAGGGUUGCCUUGCUUAGUCAGCAAUUCAAUUCUAAACAUUUAUACGAGAGUCACAAGGUUAGCGCACAUCAUAAUUUACUAUGUCCUUGCAUAACAAAGGCUGCCCUUUCCUAAACAUUAGACUAUUAAGAAGGGUGGUUCAAGGUUUUAGUUUGAACAUUUUUAUCAACAGUGUAGGGAAGAUAAUCAGGAAGACUUAUACCAAAGGACCGUGACUUUCAAAAGAGUAAAGAUGUAGGCUUCCGUUUGCCCCACAUCCUAAAAACAAUGAAAUGGAAGGGGGCUGUGAUGUGUUGAAUUCAGAUACAUCAAGGAGUGUAGCAUAGCAAUACCCCCCCAAUAAGUGAAAACUUCAGAAAAGCAAUGAGCAAAAACCAUCUGGUGAUAAUCUCGGCAAGUGUUUGUGCAUUAAGGUAAAAAAUUAUAUUUUAUUUGUAACAAAUUGAAAAAAGUACAUUGAAAAUUCUGCAUAUUUACAUGAUCAAAACUUCAUUUUAACUUCCGAUUAGCUUCAAUGUGAAGACAUGGUUUCCACUGAGACAAAGCUAUC